AUGUUAACUGAAAAGAAGUUAACAUAUGUGAUGAUACAGGACUUCAAAUUAAGGUGCCAAUGUUUUUAUGUGGAGGCAGCUAAACAGGUAUAUCAACGAUUUCCGUUUAGAUUACUUCAACCAUUAAAGCACUUAAAAGUCAUAAGUCCAGAAACCAUUUUUGAUAAUGAAGUAUCAUCAUUAGGACCCAUGUAUGCUAAUCUCCCAAUUUUGUUUGGGGACAUGGACAUCAAUGAAGUAGAUAGAGAAUGGAGGAAAUUACCUUUUAGUCAUUUUGACUCGGCAAAGAUUGAUAGAAAUAGUAAUAUUAUAGAUUUCUGGUCAUAUAUUAGUAAAUUAAAAAAAGGAGAUGACACGCCUAUGUUUCCGUUAAUGGUUUGUUUAGUCAAAAAUAUAAUGGCAUUGCCCCAUUCGAGUGCUUGUGUCGAAAGGAUAUUUUCAAUGGUUAAUGCUAUAAAAACCAAAGAAAGGAAUAGGUUACAAACCGAUAAUUUGUGUGGUCUAUUAAAAACAAAAAGCAUGCUAAAAGCGUCAAGCUCCGAAUGCUAUAAUUACAAUUUGAACAAUGAAUUUCUAAAAAAAUUUAACCAAAACAUGUAUAUAUUUAAAAGUUUAUAG